AUGGUCUUUACCAUUGAAAAUUUCUUUGCUAGGAUAGUUUGGCAAUACGAAUUAUCAAUGAAAGAAAAUGUAUUUGAUAGACCUUACCCCAAUUGGGAGCGUUACUGGCAAAGCGGUCCAGGUUAUACAUUGUCAAAUCUUGCAUUAGAAUAUUUUCGAAAAUGUUUGAAUGAUCUAUAUCGUACAUAUAACCCUUUAUCAACUAGAAAGUUCACAUUCUUUGACCUUCAAAAAGAGUUGAAAUUCAUGAUGAAUGAAGUUCAACAAAGAAAUGAAUUGAUUAAACUUCCAAGAGUUUCAUGGGAUGAAGGUUCUGGAUGUAUUAAAUAUGACGAAUUAGGGUGUGAAAAAUCAUUGAAGGCAAUUUUAAAUAUAAAAAAGAACAAAGUUCUUGAAAAACUUGAUUUAAAGAAAUUUUUCACACCAAAUAGUACAUACUUUGGGUAUAUUGAAGGGUUUAUAGAGUUGAGAUCCUCAUUGCCCAAGGAGUUCCCAAGAACAUGA